CUAUGGAAAUUAGGCUGUACUACAAAAUAUAUGAAGUACCAUCUUUGGCUGCAUGGACGGUGGUACCCCUUCCAUUAGCAUUUCUCUGUCCCCACUUCACUGAGCUGUCGUACUCUUUUUCUGCGUCUGUGGUUGGCUGUUCUGAUAUCUCUACUCUUUUCUGUGUUUGUCGUCUGCCUUUCACUCUGGUUACUACUGUCCCACACUGGUCCCACACUGUGGUUACUGCUGUCCCACAGUGGUCCCACAGUGGUCCCACACUGAUCCCACACUGGUCCCACACUUAUCCCACAGUGGUCCCAGUGGUUACAGCACUAACCACAGUGUGCAAGGGCGUGUAAGGCUUGCAUGAUUAACGAUUUGCAGAAUGGAGAUCGACGGGCAGGGCGCGGAAGCGUUGGUGAAUGGGGAUGACGGGAGUGACACUGCAAGCUGGGACCAGUCAAAAGCUGUGGGCGCGAUCAGGUAUGCGCUUCAGACUCUUUAUAGUGAUGACCCGGUUAUAGCGCAGCAGGCUUGUGCGGCCGCGCAGCGCGUCUUCGCAAACGGCGGCUCGAGCAGAAGUCUUAGCAGCGUGAGGCACUGGGCAUCUCGUAUCUUGAAACAGCUAGCGCGGGCGCGGGGAGAGUUGAAUCCUCGUCUUGUUGAAGAAGCAGUCGGUCCGCUUGUCGGCAUUUUGUCGACCACAAGCGUAGAUCGAACCUGUGACCGCGCCGACUCAGCAUUCAUUCUAGGAAGUAUGGCAUGCGGAGGUUCUAGGUGUAGCGAAACCAUAGCGCGGACAGGAAUCAUAGGCGAACUUGUUCGUUUGAUAGAUAGGGAUGACACGGCAUUGCCAGCGGAGAGAGAGAUGGCAGCAUUCGCAAUUGCGAAGCUGUCGCGGAAGCCGGCAGAAAAUGCACGAGUAGUCGAUGGAGCAGGAGGGCUGAGGUCUCUGGUGAACCUCCUGGAUGUGGGAACAUCUGUGGCAAAAGAGUACGCUGCAGAAGCAAUCUGGUGCCUGGCUCGGGACCGGGAAUGUGCCCAGGCCUUGGUUCGCUUAGGCUGUGUGCGUCGCCUCGCGUCUCUCAUUCGAAACGCCUCGGUGCCUGCAAGAGUGAAGGCCCACGCUUCACAUGCACUUGGUGUUUUCGGAAUCCAUAAGAGAAUUCGACGGGUGAUUGUCGAGGGCGGGGCCAUCGAAGCUCUCGCUGAUAUCCUCCGAUCCAACUUAGAUCUGACGACAAGGAUCAAUGCUGCAAAUACCCUGGGUAUCCUAGCGGUGCAGCUGGAUGACACAAGCCGAAUUGCGAACGCUGGUGUGGUGCCGGCUGUAAUCAGUCUCUUGUUUGAAGCCGAUCAACGAGCGAGAGAGAUCGGAGAAGACAGUCUGUGUGUGAUUGCUUCUUCCUUUUCCAAUGCCAUCUCCAUUGCGAAGCAUCUGAUAGCCAUUGCGACAGAUGCAUCUCGGUCAUGGGACGAUCGUUCAACCGCUGUGGACUCUAUCUGGGACCUUGCAACAUACAGCCACUGUGUUAGUGCUGUCGGGGCAGCGGGCAUAAUCCCUCAGCUCAUCUCCCUGUUAGACGAGGAUGAGGCGGCCCCCCGAACGACAUCGGUACCAGAUGUUGCGCCUUUGGAACCUCCUUGUGUGCCAGGAUCGCCCAGUCCAUCCAGUCCUCGAGCAUGUCCACCGUCUUGUCCUACAUCGCAGCCUUCCUCAUCGAACUGCAUGCCACGUUCUUCGUCAAGUCCUACUUUGAGCACGACAUCAAGCCUGUUGCUACAAAGGGCGGAUCCGCUGGGCAGUCGUCCUUGUCAUACUCUCUGUGUCGAUCGGGUCCUUUUCUGUCAUGGGAGCACCAGCGAAUGCGGGGCAAGUUCGGUGGCUCAUAUGCUGCCUCCACAUUGUCAUGUGGGAACCUCAUCGUCGUCUCCGUCGAGCGAAGUGGAUGCCCUGCCCAAGGAGAGUCGCUCGCUCUCCGGUCUGGCGAUGGGGAGUGGGAACGAUUUUGAGGCAGGGCAGGGUUCAGCAAUCGCUCUGCUGCUGCGGACCGAUCAGACAGCAGCUCCGGUGAAUCGCAAAAGACCUCUUUCUAGCGACAAAGGAAUUUGUACAGCCGACGGAGAGCCGCAGAAACAGGGUGCUGACAGCGACAGUCCGACGGAGGACGGAGGGCCCCCGUGCAACAGGCAGAAUCUUUCAGGGUCGUCUCCAAGUGCCGAUGAAUGUCGAGCAACUCUUGUCCGGCCGGAAGCGUCAAGGAAGUCCCCUAAACUAGAAGAGCAUCCAGAUGCCGUGUGUCGAAUCGAUCCCAGUUGCAGUGGACCUUGUGCAGAAGAACAUGCCGCGGAAGAAGAUGCCCUAGCGCAGAGGACACAAUCUUUCCAUCCAAGUGUGCACUCUUGUCAACGAGAGGAAAUGGCUGGCUGCUCGAGGAUGGCGGAAAAUAGAAGUGAUGGAGAAGGGUCCGGUUCGAGUGAUUCUGAGGAGGAAGAUGGUGAUAUGGACAGCUCGUCGACAAGCACGAUGCCUAAUUCCAUGAGAGAGGGUAUCGCUGGGGCAUUUGCUGCGCUCUCAACCGACGAGGACAAUCGGAUGAUGAUGGUCGAAGCGGGCGUCAUCACGGCAUUGGGAAAACUGCUGACGGACCCUCUCGAGGAUGUAAGGGAUAGUGCAGCGGAAGCGCUGUAUCACCUAAGCAGAGAGCAUUGCUACAGGCCGCAAAUGAUAAGAGCAGGGCUUUUCCAGAUCUUGUCCGACGUCAGACCGGAUGACGAUCAGCAACUGGGUGUUCGUGUGUACCAUUUCUCGAGAGUAAUAAGGCGGCGUUUGCUGUGGGCGAUGGAGUACGAGGACAUGAAAGAGCAUCAGGCGCAGGAGCAGCCGGAGCGUGAAGAGGAUGACGAGGGAAGAGGAGGCGGCGAGGGAGAGGAGGAUGGUGGUGAUGAUGACAGCGAUGACGGAAUGGAGUUCGCCACGUUCGUGGACAUGGAGUGUGAUGUCGAGGAGUACCUUAGUCUGAUGACCGGUGCAGAUGCAAUGAUGGAUUAGCGGAAGGGAGGUGGGGGGAGGAAGUCGGAUUGAGGAGCCAUCCACUGCUAGAUUGAUGAUUAGGACUGUACUUGAAGAUGACCUGUGUUGCAGUUCCGUGUCCGUUGAUGGGGUCGAUUGAUGGGGGUCAAUACGAUAGUUUGUUCAUUCCGAAUUGUCGAUGAUGUGUCAGGGAGCUGCGUCUCCUCAUGUUUGCUCUCUGGCAAGUGAGAAGGUGCUCUUUCUCUGCAAGUUCUGGUGCGCAUGGAUUUGCUGGCAAACAGAACGAUGACGCCGGAGGUGUCUAGACAUAUGUUUGCAUGGACUCGGUGCAGGACUCGUAAGAAAGAGCGAGUCGGUUUGACAUUCCCAGCUGAGGCAUGGGGCUGGCUGCACCCAUUUGAUUUGAUGAUGUUGAUGAUCCACAUUCAAGGCUUGGCAUGCUUGUCUGUCUACCUAUCAUCUGAUGGAUGGCCUCCCAAUCUUUGUCUGCAAAGGGAGAGAAGGGGUGGUUGACAUGGUGGGGCAGUGGAGAGAGAGAGGAGGAAAGUCAGAGGGGCAUAAAUGAGAUUUGUCUGCGCAGGGAGAGAAAGGGUGGUUGACAUGGUGGGGCAGUGGAGAGAGAGGAGGAAAGUCAGAGGGGCAUAAAUGAGAUUUGUCUGCGCAGGGAGAGAAAGGCGGGUGACAUGGUGGGGCAGUGGAGAGAGAGGAGGAAAGUCAGAGGGGCGUAAAUGAGAUUUGUCUGUGCAGGGAGAGAAAGGGGGGUGACAUGGUGGGGCAUUGGAGAGAGAGGAGGAAAUUCAGAGGGGCGUAAAUGAGAUUGGUGCACACCUACCCACUUGAUAGAUGGGAUGGUGUGAACUCGAACUGCGUACUGUGCAUCGGACAGGUGCCUCCUAUUCAACUAUGGAGGAGAGGGAGGAUGGUGUAAAUGCAGAUAGAAAGCAAAACUCGUUGGGGGAUAAGGGCUUACUCACACAAGGACUUUUUCAACGUCUCUCUGGACGUAAUUGGGGUUACAUGCAUCCAGGUCUAGCCGUAAAAAAGGUUAGGCAUGGACACGAAAGUCCUCAUGUGGUAUGCCCUAAAACGGGUGCACACCUGUCCAUUGGAUAGACUGGAUGGUGCAACGGCCUGCUGUGUGAUCUGCCUCCUAUUGGGCCUUGCUCCACUCGUCACGAAUGAUGCAAAAUGAGAACGAAUCUUCCGCUAGAACAUGGAAAGAUACACAGUCAUGGUUUUUGUCUUUUGUGCAUGUGCUACCCUGUCUUCCCCCAAGUAGAACGCCCUGUCAUUAUCGCCGCCGUAUCUAGACUGAGUAUUGCCCCCAGUGCAGCUGUAACAACCAGGCAUUGUAGACUGAAGGUUGCCCCAAACACAGCCGUAAUGAUGACCAUGCCUUCUAUUCGGGUGGUGUAGACGGCGGGGAGCAUGUGUCGUGUAUCUAUACGUUGAGAGGAGAAGAGGGGUGGGAAUACAUUGAGAGGAGAAGAGAGGUGGGAAAACUAAACGUUGCGCCAAAUGCAGUUAUAACGACUGGGCGUGCUAUUCAGGUGUGUAGACGGUAGGAGGCAUCGGCCCUCUCUAUUCAAACCUUGAGAGGAGGAGAGGGGGAGGAGAUGACGGAAAGUUCUUUUUGGCAUGCUAUUCAGGUGUGUAGAGACUGUAGGAGGCAUCUUGUCCCUCUCUAUUCAAACCUCGAGAGGAGCAGAGGGAGGGGACGCCUGAUUGCAGUUUAUGACGACUAGGCAUGUUCUGUUCAGGCGUAGACGGUAGGUAGGGGACAUUUGUCUUCUAUUCAAACGCUAAGACGAGGAGGGGGCGGGAAAGAAAGGGAUUAGGCUGUGCCAAGGUGGGGGAUUGCACCUGUGUGUCUUGUUCCUGCCCCCCGAGCACGUUUGCAUACGGCUGUUAGGUCACAGAUGUGCAAGGCCAGCCAGCCACGAGAGCAAGUAUGCACACAUGCUCGGUAUGCAGCCGGCCCGGCAGCCACGAGAGCAAGUAUUAGCAAGGGUAAAUGAUGGAUUCUUUGUCUUUUCAUUACUGCAAACAGUAUCCAUGGGCUCGUGAUUUGGCGCUGACAAAAAUGGUAGUGGUUUUUUUUUUUUUUUUUUUUUUUUUUUUUUUUUUUUUUUUUUUNUUUUUUUUUUUUUUUUUUUUUUUUUUUUUCCCCCCCCGCGGUCUAACGACUUACGGAUGUGUUGUAAGAAUAUAAGCAUGUCAUAAUACACCCACAGAACAAGUAUUACCCACUCCACUGUAAACGUGAUGAAGUGGUUGGUCUUGUCAUUGGUACAAACAUUGGGCCUCACGCCACUGCUGCUCCUUGUGCAAAAUGAGAAUGAAUCUUGCACUGGAUC